AUGGAGCUGAAAUGGCUGCUUUAUGUGACCCUGCUCACUCUUGGGACUCUUACUGUGCGGGCACAUGAUCUGGAUGAUGACAACGACGGUGAUGAUGUAGUUGAUAUUGAGGAUGACUUGGACGAUGGCAUUGAGGAGGUAGAAGAGUCAAAGCCUGACACGAGCACUCCUCCUCCGACCCCAAAGGUUACCUACAGGCCCCCAGUCCCAACCGGUGAGGUGUAUUUUGUAGAGUCCUUUGAUAAAGGAACUCUGGAUGGGUGGAUCCUUUCCAAAGCAAAAAAAGAUGAUACGGAUGAUGAGAUUGCCAAAUAUGAUGGUAAAUGGGAAGUCCAAGACAUGAAGGACACUAAGCUUCCAGGAGACAAAGGGCUUGUGUUGGUAACCCGAGCCAAGCAUCAUGCAAUUUCAUCCAAACUUUCAAAGCCUUUUGUAUUUGAUACCAAACCCCUUAUUAUACAGUAUGAAGUAAACUUCCAAAAUGGAAUAGAGUGUGGCGGGGCCUAUGUGAAAUUGCUUUCAAAAACUCCUGAACUGAACCUGGAUCAGUUCCAUGACAAAACUCCCUAUACGAUCAUGUUUGGCCCUGACAAAUGUGGAGAGGACUAUAAAUUGCACUUCAUCUUUCGGCACAAAAACCCAAAGACGGGUAAAUAUGAGGAGAAGCAUGCAAAGCGUCCAGAUGCAGACCUGAAGACUUACUUUACUGAUAAGAAGACCCAUCUUUAUACUCUAGUCUUGAAUCCCGAUAACAGUUUCGAAAUACUGGUUGAUCAAACGGUUGUCAACAGUGGGAAUUUGCUAAAUGAUAUGUCUCCUCCUGUGAAUCCGCCCCGAGAGAUUGAGGACCCGAAUGACCAGAAGCCUGAGGACUGGGAUGAGAGACCAAAAAUUCCAGACCCAGAUGCUGUUAAACCAGAUGACUGGGAUGAAGAUGCUCCUGCAAAGAUUGCAGAUGAAAAUGCUGUGAAACCAGAGGGCUGGCUGGAUGAUGAGCCAGAAUAUGUUGCAGACCCUGAUGCUGAGAAGCCUGAAGAUUGGGACGAGGAUAUGGAUGGUGAAUGGGAGGCACCUCAGAUUGCAAAUCCUAAGUGCGAGACAGCCCCUGGCUGUGGCACCUGGCAGCGACCAAUGAUUGACAAUCCAAACUACAAAGGCAAAUGGAAGCCUCCUAUGAUUGAUAACGUGAACUAUCAGGGUAUAUGGAAACCUAGGAAGAUCCCAAACCCAGAUUUCUUUGAAGACUUAGAACCUUUCAAGAUGACUCCCUUCAGUGCUGUGGGACUUGAGUUAUGGUCAAUGACUUCUGACAUCUUCUUUGACAACUUUAUCAUCUGUACUGAGAGAGCUGUGGCUGAUGAUUGGGCCAGUGAUGGAUGGGGACUGAAAAAGGCAGCCGAUGGUGCUGCAGAGCCUGGUGUUGUGGGCCAGAUGAUGGCAGCUGCUUAAGAGCGUCCCUGGCUUUGGGUAGUCUACAUCCUCACUGUGGCUCUUCCAGUGUUCCUUGUUGUCCUUUUCUGCUGUUCUGGGAAGAAACAGACAAGUGCUGCAGAAUACAAAAAGACUGAUGCUCCACAGCCUGAUGUGAUGGAUGAGGAGAAAGAGGAAGAAAAAGACAAAGGAGACAAGGAAGAGGAGGAAGAGGAAGAAGCAAAUGAGGAGAAGCUAGAAGAGAGGCAGAAAAGUGAUGCUGAUAUAGGAAGUGCUAGUCAAGAAGAGGAGGAAGAGGAGGACGAUGAGGACAGGAAACCUGCAUCAGAGGAGGAGGAAACUGUGAAUAGAUCACCCAGAAACAGAAAGCCAAGGAAAGAUUGAAAAAAGUCAUAAGAACUUGAUCUGUGAUUUUUUUUUUUUCUUUUUUUUUUUUUCCCAAACUUGGUUCUGGGAGAGGACCUUGGACACCUUACACUGAAACUUGGAUAAACCUCAAGUUUUCACCAUUCGCAGGUUCCAGUCACACUAUCCAAUGUAAUGGAGUGUCUAGCAGUAAAAUACUUGCAAUCAUCUGUUUUAAAGAACAUCAUUCCUGUAGAAAGAAUGCAUUUAAUAUUAUGGGCUGUGGAUUUUGGAAUGUAACAUAACUAACCUUUUCAUUUUUGGUUUUAAAUAUUCUUUUCUGUUUUUAAGUAGAUGGAUAGAACUUUUCCGGUCUCAAACCUUGGCUUAAUUUAAUAUAUUAAUUAGUGAAAAAUAACAAUGAAUCUUGAAAGUGCUAGUUGAUAAAAUGCAGUUUUAUAACUAGAUUUUUUUACAAAUAUGUAAAUUCCUAAAUGCACCAAUGUCUUUAUAUCCCUUAAAAUUUGAUAAUUGUUUAAAAAAAGAAAGUUGUCAAUGUAUUUGACAAUCCCUUUGCCCUCAAAAGAAAACUAGGGGAGGGUUGGGGGGGUGUGUAUGGGGAAACCAGUAGUGAAACUCUCUAAUCAAUCACCUUUAUGCUUUUGGGGGGAGGGGAAAGAGGAAGGAGGGGGUUAGUCUAUAGAAUAUGCAUCCUGUGCAUGGCUAAAGCCCUGUUAAGUGUUGACAAACGAUCUAGGAUUUGGAGUGGGUCAUCUUAAUGUGGCAUUUGAUCCUGCAGGCCUUGCAGAUAA